AGAAAGCUAAUAAUUUGAACCAAAAAAAAAGUCGUCUCACAAACUGUUUCAGAAAUUUUCCAGCGCGAAGAUGAUUGACAAGUGAAUUUCGAUAAAGAUGGUGAACAUCAGGCGUGCAAACAGUGAUCGCAUGCCUGGCACUUCUCCAAGGGCUGAGGUAGGAGAGAUUGAUACUAGAGCACCCUUUCAAUCUGUCAAAGCUGCUGUUAGUUUUUUCAGUGAAGUGGCUGUUUCCAGGGAGAAACCUACUCUUAGGAAAUCCAAACUCUCCUCAGGGUAAUUCGUACCUUAGGAAACAAGGAGAUACCUCUGAGCAAGCAAAGUGAUGGGACAGCUACAAUGUACAGGGUAGGCAAGCUGUUUACGGCCCACAUAUUGUAAGGACAAUAUGAAAGUUGGAGUUUUAGGGGAAUCUUUUUGUGUCCAUACAGUAGGGGACAGUACUUGGAAAGGAAGGCUUGUAAAUGACCUUCAGACCAUCUCUUCUGUUGUAUAAGUGACUGCAAUAACGUUGUUGGACCAAGACCUGUGAAGCCUUUCCUUUCUGGAUUGGUGUAGACGGAUCUCCAACCUUUGCACUGAAUACAUAGUCCUGUAAUUC